AUGAACCCCACGUUGGGCCUGGUCCUCUUUCUGGCUGGCCUGCUCACCACAAAAGGUCUUCCGAAGCCCAGCUUCUCGGACCAGAAUCAUGAAGCUCUGGACCGGCCCCGAGACUGGAAGGGAAGGAUGGCAGCCAAGGAGCUUGCGAAGCGGAACAUGGAUUUUGGCUUCAAGCUGCUCAAGAAGCUGGCCUCCAUCGACUCCCGCAGGAACAUCUUCUUCUCCCCCAUGAGUAUCUCCACGGCCUUCUCCAUGCUGUCUCUGGGGGCCCAGGAUGCCACCCUGGCCGAGAUCAAGCAGGGAUUCAAUUUCAGGAAGAUGUCAGAGAAAGACCUUCAUGAGGGCUUCCACUACCUUAUCCGCGAGCUGAACCAGGAGACCCAGGGUGUCAAGAUGAAACUUGGGAACACCCUGUUCAUCGACCAGAAGCUGCAGCCACAACGGGAGUUUCUGAGAAAUAUCAAGAACUUGUACUAUGCAGACACUGUCCCCACCAACUUUCAGAACAUGCAAAAUGCUCGGCAGCAGAUCAAUGAUUACGUCAAUCAGAAAACCCAUGGGAAAAUUAACAACCUGGUCAAGAAUAUAGACUCUGGCACUGUGAUGCUUCUUAUAAAUUAUAUUUUCUUUCGAGCCAAGUGGCAAUAUGAAUUUGAUCCAAAAUUAACUAAAGAGGAAGCUUUCAUUCUGGAAAGAAAUAAUUCAGUGAAGGUGCCCAUGAUGUUCCACGGGGGCUUGUACCAAGUUGGCCGUGACGACCAGCUCUCCUGUACUGUCCUGGAAAUACCCUACCUGAAAAACAUCACAGCUACCUUCGUUCUUCCUGACGAGGGCAAGAUGAAGCACCUGGAGGAGGCUUUGGAGGAGGACAUUUUUGCCAAAUGGAAGCCAUUAAUGUUACACAGGGUUGUAGAUGUGUCUGUGCCCAAACUCCACAUCAGGGGUACCCAUGACCUGAAGAAGAUUCUCUCCCACCUGGGCAUCACCAGGAUCUUCGAGGAGCACGGCGAUCUCACCAGGAUCUCCCCUCACCGCAGCCUGAAAGUGGGCGAGGCGGUGCACGAGGCUGAGCUGAAGAUGGAUGAGAAGGGUACGGAGGGGGCCGCGGGCUCCGGAGCGCAGACGCUGCCCAUGGAGACGCCAAUGCCCGUCAAGAUAAACAAACCCUACAUACUCAUAAUUCACGAGACGUUGACACCUUCCAUACUCUUCUUGGGAAAGAUUGUUAACCCUACUGAGUAA